UGCUCAACAUUAGAAAAGUCCAAAUAUCCGUGUGGAUAAGGAGCACAGAGCAGGGUGUUGUCAGAGAGGGAUGAGAGGAGGAGGGGGCAGUAUGAGGUGUGCUUUUUUUGGAAAAGCCGGAGAAAGACGGACAUCGAGAAGGUGUUCUGAUGUGCGAAAGCCUGCGACGCGCUGCCCUCCUGAGAAAUAAUUGCGAUCAGGGAAGAAAUGGCCUAGUUAAAACAUCAUCGACACUCCGGCAGAGGAUAGAAACAGAAGAAUCGUGUUCCGAUGGACGGGCCAUCACCACCGCCAUCAUCAUAAUUCCAGUGCUUGCAUCGAUUCUUUUUUAGGUGUAAUUGGCUUCCUGACUGCAGCUCUGGACCCAUCAGGAGUUCCAAAGAGGAAGGCGGAUGAGACCACAGUGUCUACCUGAGAAUGCUACCUGUCCCUGCGCCUCACCAUGUCACCCUAGGAAAACUGUUAACCUGUCCCCUUCCGCAUAUCCUCUUUUUGCCUUUAUUUCCCAUAACCCACUGAUUUUGUGACCCCUCUCUACACCCAACUUUACUCCUAUUGAUAUGACUAAAAGAGCCUUUAUUUUGGAGAUGUUGUUUUUUCCUCUCAAUGCUGCCAGCCAUCAAGGCUAUGGUGGGAAGUAUCAUUUUACUUCUCAGCGGGUUGCCAAUCACUGCCUGCUGUGGCUCUUGGGACUGGUGCUACACCUCACUCUCUCCUCAUGUCAACGGGUUGACCUGAAAUACCCCAUAGUGUCCACCGGCUAUGGAAAGAUCCGUGGUAUCAGGAAGGAGCUCAACAAUGAGAUCUUGGGCCCUGUGGAACAGUUCUUAGGUGUGCCAUAUGCCACCGCACCUGUCGGCGAGCGCCGCUUUCAGCCUCCCGAAGCUCCAGGCUCAUGGCAAGAGAUUCGCAAUGCCACCCAAUUUGCACCAGUGUGUCCCCAGAAUGUCCACGGGGUUUUACCUGAGAUCAUGCUACCAGUGUGGUUCACAGACAACCUGGAUGCUGCAGCAACCUACGUUCAGAACCAGAGCGAGGAUUGCCUUUACCUCAACAUCUAUGUACCCACUGAAGAUGGUCCGCUCACUAAAAAACAAGACGAAUCUACGAUGAACAGACCCAGGGAUGAAGAUAUCCGCGAUCGUCGUAAGAAGCCUGUGAUGCUGUUCAUCCACGGAGGCUCCUACAUGGAGGGCUCAGGGAACUUGUUUGAUGGCAGCGUCCUGGCUGCGUAUGGAAAUGUCAUCGUGGUCACCAUGAACUAUCGACUGGGCGUGCUCGGGUUUCUGAGCACAGGGGACCAGUCUGCUAAGGGGAACUAUGGCUUGUUGGACCAGAUCCAGGCCCUGCGCUGGCUCAAUGAAAACAUUGGCCACUUCGGAGGGGACCCAGAGAGAAUCACCAUCUUUGGCUCGGGAGCCGGUGCCGCCUGUGUGAACCUCCUCAUCCUCUCCCACCACUCCGAGGGCCUGUUCCAGAGGGCCAUCGCUCAGAGUGGCUCGGCCAUCUCCAGCUGGGCGGUCAACUACCGACCCAUGAUGUACACGAAGAUCCUGGCCAAGAAGGUCGGCUGCACCCUGGGGGACAUGGCUGAGUUGGUGGACUGCCUGAGGAGGAAGAGUUUCCGGGAGCUGGUUGACCAAGACAUCCAGCCGGCUCGCUACCACAUCGCCUUCGGACCUGUGGUAGACGGAGACGUGGUGCCCGAUGACCCGGAGAUCCUCAUGCAGCAGGGCGAGUUCCUGAACUACGACAUAUUGCUGGGUGUCAACCAAGGAGAGGGACUGAAAUUCGUGGACGACAAUGAAGGAGAAGACGGAAUAACAUCCUCUACGUUUGACUACACCAUCUCCAACUUUGUGGACAAUCUGUAUGGAUUCCCUGACGGUAAAGACAUCCUCAGGGAAACCAUAAAGUUCAUGUACACAGACUGGGCUGACCGGGACAACACGGACAUGCGCAGGAAGACCCUCCUGGCUCUGUUCACAGACCAUCAGUGGGUGGCCCCGGCCGUCGCCACUGCCAAACUGCAUGCCGAGUUCCAGUCGCCUGUCUAUUUCUACACUUUCCACCACCACUGUCAGACGGAGGCCAGGCCAGAGUGGGCAGACGCCGCACAUGGAGAUGAGAUCCCCUAUGUGUUUGGGAUUCCUAUGGUGGGAGCCACUGACCUGUUCCCGUGUAACUUCUCCAAGAACGAUGUCAUGCUCAGUGCUGUAGUCAUGACGUACUGGACCAACUUUGCAAAGACAGGGGAUCCUAACCUACCAGUUCCUCAGGACACCACGUUUAUCCAUACCAAGCCCAACCGCUUCGAAGAAGUCAUCUGGACCAAGUUCAGCUCCAAAGACAAGCAGUACUUACAUAUUGGCCUGAAGCCUCGCGUCAGAGACAACUACCGGGCCAACAAGGUGGCCUUCUGGCUGGAGCUGGUUCCACAUCUGCACAGCCUCCACAAGGACUUCAUUGGCACCAUCACAACUCGACUGCCGCCCGGAGGCAACAAAGGGCGGAAGGGCAGCGGACCUGGCACUGGCACCCGGCACCCGUCACCUGGCAUCUCCACCUAUCCACCCGAUCCUGAGCCCUACGGCUCAGAGAGGCCCCGCGUCUCCCCCUUCCCCGAUGAGACGAGGGACUACUCCACCGAGCUGAGCGUGACGGUAGCUGUGGGCGCUUCGCUUCUCUUCCUCAACGUGCUGGCCUUCGCCGCGCUCUACUACAAACGGGAUAAGCGCCACGAACUCAUGCAGAGACGCCAUCGCCGACUGUCCCCGCAACGCGUCACCACCAUGGGCAUGGGCAUGGGCGUCGGCAUGGGAGUGGUCGGGGCCCCACCGCACAACGACCUGGCUCUGAGUCAGGAGGAGGAGCUGAUGUCACUGCAGAUGAAGCAGCAGAGAGUGGAGUUGGAGCACGGCACGCCCCUCCCGUCCCGCGGCAUCCACGGCGAUCUGGAACCCCUGCGGCCUCCCGUUUGUGCCCCCGACUACACGCUGGCCCUGCGGCGGGCACCGGAGGACGUGCCACUGAUGACAGCCAACACCAUCACCAUGAUCCCCAGCACCAUCAGCAGCAUGCAGCCCCUACACCCCUUCAACACUUACCCCCCUGUGCCGGCCCCCUCCACCACACCUGUCCCUAGCCACAGCAACAAUGCCCUGCCACACCAACACUCCACCACCCGUGUAUAGGACCAGGCACAACCUCUGCUACCCCACUCUGGGCGUACAGAGACACACCACACAAACUGCUCCAUACAAAUCUCCACCCUCACCAUUCUCCUUGUCUUUGUCUUUUCUCAUCAAGCCCUCGAAUAAAGCUGCAGUUUGUAAGAUUUUAAGCAGCGAAAUACCUCUAAAAUGUAAUCAUAAAUCAAAGGCGGGGAGUUGAUGAAACAAAGCUCCUCUGCCAGACGCCUGUCAUCAUAGGUGCACACCGCUUUCUCGUGUUGAAGCUCCUUCAGUAUCUCGUGCUUAGGUGAGCCACAGCUUUAAGCUCUCCUCCUCUCUAAGAGGUAUUGAGCUUUUGAGUCAGACAUCUUAUGUGUAGCUCUGUUGUUUUUUUGCACAUGUGUUGUUUUGUCAGUGCAAAACUAUGUUUGACAUAGAACGCUCACUUCCGUUCAUUUAGCGAAAAGAUAAUACAGUAGCAUGCAGCAGCAAGCGAGGCAGCAUAUGCCCUGACAAGCUGUCUGUCAUAAAGCGGUGAUUUCUUGAAACUUACAAAUUGCAGCUUUAAAGGCCCAAUCUGGAAGUGGAAUUUGGCACCCUGUGUUGAGCACUAUGUCCCAACAGCUGUCUCUUUAUUCUGAUUUCAGAGACUUUUGUUAAAACUGUAUUUGCAGCGCUGGGAGUAAAAGGAUGAGCUCUUUGACAUUUUAAGCAUGAGUUUUUCCUUGAUUUAUAAACCUUCUGUUUUCAAAUGUAUCUACCUGUUUUCAGUUCAAAUGCGGCCGUAUUGCCGCCAAAAUAUUGUUUUAUUUCGAUAAUCUGUAUACUCUCAAAUGCUGCUUUCAGAGCAUUUCCAGAUUGGGGCUUCAACGGUUGGGCGGUACAGGAAAUAACUGAAUCACACUCAGUCUGUGGGACGCAACCUGGAAUCCAGGCUGCCCAUUAGAACUCGCUGCAUCUCCGCCACACAGGCUCUAAUCAUGUCCAUUACUUUAUUUGUUUCUCUCUCAUUAUCUCUCUGUCUGUAUCUCCAUCUCAGCCCAUUAAACCACUUCUCUGUUUUCCGCUGGCUCACACUCUUCCCCUCUCUGCAUCUGCCCUCGUAGCUCUUUUUAUUAAUCCAUUCACAUAAUCCAUUUCAACUUCUCUCCUCUUUCCUUGCAAUCACUUCUAGACUCUGUUUUCCUUUUGGAGUCUUUUAUACAAAAACACAAAUGUAAAUGAUGUAUUAUUAAUAAAUUGUAAGGAUAUGAAUGAAAAAAAAAAAGAUAUUCUGAUAUCUCGUUUUUACCAGCAUUCUUGGUGCCAAGUACUGUGAUAAAGUUCCUCUUUCACUGGCGUCCAGUGGAGCGCCUGGAGAGGUCCAUCCUGACUGUAUCUUACAAAAGGAAUUACGAUCAUAAAAAGUGCCAACCCCUUCAUGUUUCUGUUUGAUCCACACACUUUUAUUAUUAUUAUUAUUAUUAUUAUUAUUAUUAUUAUUAUUAUUAUUAUUAUUAUUAUUAUUAUUAUUAUUAUUACACUCAAUGUUGCACUGUGGCUGGUCCCUUCUUCUUUAAAGGGAAAUCAGAUUCAAUAUAUCCUUGUUUGAAAAAAAAGAAUAUAAAGUUUUACUAACUACUUUGCUGUCUGGGAUAUUUGCAUGAUGUUUUUUCUUUUCUAAGGAGUGUGGACAGAGACAUUUGUUUGCCAUUUUAAUGAUUUGCCUUGUUUUUCAUUGAGUUUUUUAUUUAGUUUUAAUCAUUUACAUUUUCUAUUUUAAUAUCAGCUGCACUUCGUGGUACUUCAAAAGGGUAUUAAAGUAUUAAGAGAUGAAUAUUGUGUAAAACUAUGAUUAUAUGAUAUGAUUAUAACAAAGAGAGUAAAUAUUUCCUCUUUAUUUUUUUCAUUUCCUGACACUGAGACUGUGCUGCAAAACUACCAGAAAGACUGAUGAAAGCCUUUUUUCUCUCCUCCCUCUUUUGCUCUGUUUCUCUUUAUCUUUUGCAACUGUCAACUUCGCACUCACUGUCUCUCAAUCUCACCUGAAGAUAGCACUUUUUAAGUUACAAAAAAAAGGAAACAACUUUGUUACAUGAAUAGUCUAAAUAAGGUUUUUGUCUGUGACUGACAUUAACCGAAUUCUUCAAAGACUGCCUGACAGUUAUCUUUUUGUCUUUUGUUGUUUCAUGAUUCUCCCUUCUGUGGGGUGGGAGAUAUAUAUUUAUGAUGGUCCAAAGGUGAGAAAGCCUUGUACGCGCGUUUCACAUCUUUUCGCACAACGAGAGACAGGUUCUGCACUCUGGACAAUUCUGGAAAAAAAAAAUCCCAGUGACAUUAGGACAACACUGGACAAAUGCCGGCAGUGAUCAACGAUAUCGCUCAUCAGUAUGAUCUGUCGAUGCACUGAGGAUGCGUUCUAAAAAAACCUGAUUUUAAAAAAAAUCUUUAUUGACAGACAUUACUCAUAUACCAUAUAUCACGAAAGCAAGGCGAGCGGGAUGAAUUCCCCUCCGUUCCUUGCUAUGUUCUGUAUCCGGUCUGCUCAGGACAACAACACUCUGGAGUCAGACUGCCAUCCCUAACGCUGGACUGGAGCGAGCUACGAGGACAAAAAGAACAAAAAACCAACACAUGAAACAAAACUGUACAUUUUUUAAGUGUAAGAGAACAAACUGGAAUUUGUAAAUAUUAUGUUUGUUGUUUGGUUUGAGUGAUUGGCCGGAUCUUUUCUUUGUGACAACAGGUGCAAGUUUAGGUGACUAACUUACAUGAUUUUAGCACUCAUGCGUAUGUUUGAUUCUCCUUUAUUUCCUAGAUCUCAAGGGCAAAUUCCAAUAGUUUGUGGGCACACAAAUCAGUUAACAAAAUUUUAAAUAAUUACAGCAUGGUUGAGGAAAACAAAUACUCAAAAAAAGGAAUGCUUACAGCUCAGGUUAGCCUAGAUUUUGUGGUGAUAAAAUGCCUGUCUAAAGCAUAUCACACACAUGCACUAUCCCAUCAAUCAUGGGGGCAGCAUUUGAGUCCUUUCAUUGGUUGAGAAACCAAAGAACAGCUGCAGGGAAUCGACACAAGACGGGACAAAUUGGGAUGUUUUGAGGAAUGAAACCUGAGAAAGGGCGGACGUCUCAAAUAUGCUCAAAACAAACCACAAAUCGAGAAUUUCUACCUGUGAUGCUGUUGGAUUUAAUUGUUAGUGUCUCACAUUGUCUUGAGCAUUGUCAUAAUUGGGAGGUUUUGAAAUCCUUUGUACUCUUUGGUCUUAUUUCCGACUCUUAAUCAUGGUGGUUGUUUUUGCUACCUUUUGCAAGUUUCUCUGCACAUUCUGUUUAUGGGAUUAUUGAACCUUUUUAAUGUUAGUCUUGAGUUUCCAAUGUGUCCGAAAACAGCAUUAUGAAAACAGCAUUUCUUUUUCUAAACAAGCGUUUGGACAGCCAACAGAUAAUGGAAGCACACUCACCAAGUUUACAUGUUUACACUACAGUUUUGAUGUUGGCUUAAGGUAAGGAAAAAAAAUAUAUAUAUAUAUUAAAAAAAAGCAUAACAAGGAUCCAAAUAUCUUCUUAUUACAUUUAUUGCUGAAAUGGUAAAGUGAAAGCUUGCACCUGUUUGUCUGUUUCAUUUAGUCCAAUUCAGUAACCUGCUUGAGCUCGAGAUACUGUGAGAGAGCAUAAUGACCAGAAGGAGUUGAAAGAAUUAAAGUUAAUAUUUCUAUUUCAAAUAGAGGCUAUUACACACUGUAUGUUGUGUAUCUGAACUGGAAAA